UUAAGUGUGUCAAUUUCCAGUGUUAGAGCCUAUGCCACAGAUGUUUUUUUACCCCCUCUGGCUUCCCCAUCACUCAUAUCUUUGAAAUCAAGUCCCACUAGAACCAGGCUAAUCAUUGAAACAGAUAUCAGCCACAUCCAUAAUCAGCCAAGUAUUUCUGCCACCAGUUCAGCUGGUUCUCAUUCCUCAAUAACUGUUGCUGUGGUAGAGACCAAGGAGGGUGAUGACUCAGGAACUGGACAAGAUUCAAAUGUGACAGUAGCUACCCUACGCCUAUCAGGCUGUGGUGUAGCUCUGAUAGUCACUAUAAUUGUGGCUAUUGUUUAUAUUUUUAAGAAAAGAGGAUCAAAUAGUAUUUGCUUCCUAUAUGAUAACAAUGAAGACGCUAGGCCAAACUUAACUUCAGGUUCUGGGGACAGUGAAUCAUGUUCUGUACUCUUAUCUCCUGAAGAUGACACUGCCUUGUAUGUAAAGCUCAAGGAUGCUCAACAAGAUGCUACCUGUCAAGAAAAUGACAGUCAAACUUUGCAGCAUAUUGGCCAGACCCUUUCUGAUGAUGGUACCAUUCCACCAUCUCUAGAUGAUUGCAGCCUUGGAGAUGGUAUAAUAAUUACUAGUAUGUUAUUGAUAUAAAUAUUUUUUCACUUAUUGAAAUAAAAUACACCAUGAAUGGCUGCCUGUAACAGUCUUUGUCUGUGUCAGAGGUGGUAGCUUCAACUUAAAGUCAGCAGGUCUUUGUGGCAUUGAAGGCUAGCUGUUGAAUCAUUUUAAUCCUUAUAGUUCUAACAGCAGAAAAAAACUUAUAUGCAAGAAAUUUUAAUCAGGAAGGAUGAACUUUAUUUAGGACAUUAGUAAAGGUAAUAGCAUGAUCUGUAGUGAUAUUUGGUAUAAAUACCACGAGUGAUAUUUCGAAAUUGUUAUACGUAAUUUCACGAGCCAUUAGGCGAGUGAAAUUUGAGACAGUUUUGAAGUAUCUCAAGUGGUAUUUAUGCCAAAUAUCACGUACAAAUUAUGCUAUUAUUUGUUUAUAUGACUACCCGCAAAAGGUUUGUAAUUUUCACAUGUAGGUAUUUCAAAUUAAGCUGAAAUACCACUGCUCUAAGCCAAUGAAAUUGCAGAAAUUUCUCAUGUAGUAGUAUAAAUAAUGUAAUUCUGACAUGAUCAAAAAUAAUAUUUUCAUUCUAACAGAUUGUCAACAAAAUGCAACCAGUGAGGGUGAAACAGGUUCAGAUGUUGCUGGAUCAUUACAAGAUCCUACAUUAGUGGCUUCACCAGAAAUGCCUUCAUCAUUGAACAUAGAUUUAAAAGCCAUUGCUGUUCCACCAUAUACAUGUAUUACCAGUACACCCAAAUGCAGUGUAAAUAUAAACUUCAUACAAGCUACUGGAGGUAAGAACAAUAUUGUUACAUGAUACCACCAAUCACCAAAUGAUUGACCAUAAUAAACUGGUUUCAGGAGGUUUACUUUAUGUCACCAAAAGUGAGAAAAUGUACAUAAAAACAUUAUUUCCUUUACACACAAUUUGAAAGUUUUGUUUCUUUUUUUUUAAAAUGGGAAGGACGGGGUGUAUAUUAAAUAGUUAUUGGAAUGGCCCUAAUCAGGGUCGGCCAGGGUUUUGGGGUGUACAGUAUAUCAGGGUAUUUAAUUUCAGGUAUACAGUAUUUUUAUGCUUAAAAUUUGGUAUGAAGUAUUCCCUCACGACCAAUUUUGGGUGUAAAGUAUACUUUUUUUAUCUUAAUUUUGGUAUUUUACAUGAGUUUUAGUAUAAUUUUUGGUAUAUUGUAAGGUUUAAUCCAGGUAUUUUGGUAUUCCACUACCCCCCCCGGCUGACCCUGCCUAAUCAAGUUUCUGUCUUUAUUUGCCUGUUUCUUGGCAAGUUAAAGAUAUGUUAAAGGAUGUUUACCAGUAGUCUAGCUGAUGUUCUUCAAAUAGCAGAUGUCAUCCAUCAAGUUCUAUUCUUGCUGUUCUUGCUUAAUGCCAUGUUUUUAGGUAGUAGGUCAGCUAUUUCUUUGUUACAAAAUAUGUGAAAUGUUCAGCCAUUUUGUCUCACUCUUAUGCUACCUUAUGUCCCCAGGGCUUUGUUUGCCAUCCCUUAUUUUAGUACUUAUUCUGUGCUAUUGACAUCAUUUUCCAAAGCCUGCAAAUGUCUUCCAAAUUUUGUUAACGAUAGCUCGUUAUGAAGGAUAAGCUGUGGGAUUUGAGCCAGUCAGAAAGGGAGAAAUAGUUUGAAUGAAUAAUAAGUUUUGUUCCUUCAUUUUAAUGUUGAUUUCUUCUGUGCAGUGUUUUUUGAACAUGAUAUACAACUCAGACUAUAUGAGCGAGGCACGUUUGGUAACAACAAGGCACAGAGUUAAUUAAUAUGGGCAGAAUUCUCUUCAAUAUAACUACCGGUAAUAGUAGAGGUGUACUUAAAGUGUUCCUGAUAGAGACCCCUUGUGAUCCCAACUUUGUUGUGGGAAAAAUAUCCAAAAAGAUGCUAUUAUACAGAAAAUACACAGGAGGUUUGUCUGAGUUGAUUUCAGUCUUUCCUUCUUUUACAGCUUCCCAUGACAUUUUCUCGGCUUUUGAUUCACGGCAUGUGAAUGCUAAUGAUGUGCAUAAACAAAGGCUGGACAAAAAGUGGGCAACCCUGUCCCAAGCAGAGAAGUACAGUACUAAAAUGCAGGAGGUACCAUUUCAUCUCCACCACAAAGUUUGUCUCGAGCUUGAUAUCCCAAGAUUUGAUGGUAAAGAUGUGAGAGAGUUUGCCAGUAAACAGGGCAUUACAGUUCCAGAUUGUGCACGCCUUCAACAGGCUGCUAAAAUACACAACACCACAACAACUUUUAUCAUUUUACAACAGACUCCUGGAAUAACUGUUGGGGAUUUUGUCAAUAUAAUGAAAGAAAUGGGGAGACAGGACAUAGCAGAUUUAAUAAAUUAA